GCUGGGUUUGGUGCAUGGCCUGACCUGGUCAUGCUCCGUCAUGUCCCAAACUUCCCCGUGCCGCGACGCAUUGGCUACAUGGAUGGAAGAUUGCUGCUCGUCCUGAGGCAAUUGGUGGUGCAUCUUGUCUGCAUCUCUACCCUGGGUGCCAACAUUGCGUCUCCACACCAACCCUACGAACAUCAAUCAUCUAGGCCGUUUCUCUACACAGCACAAAUUGCUAUCCGCGUCGGUACCGCGGCCCACGCAAAAUAAUUACUCCGCAGCGGGUGGCAUACGCCAGCUUGUGGUUCAUCACGGCCAUCUCGCCCCCGCCUGCCACGUUUUUUGAGGCUAUCGUGUACCUCCCGCGCACCUGUAAUUCCAACAUUCGCUUACAUGCACCUCGACGCCAGCUAAGCAGCCAAAGGAAAGAAGCACAACAUGUCGGUCUCAGAUUAAAUGGACAGAUGUCGACCUCGAAUCCCCCCUUCGGUGCGACGCUGACGUACUAUCUACACUGUACACAUGUACAUAUGGAUAGCUAGCGAGGUACAGUGCCUCGGCGGACCGACACCUCCAACCAUGGCAACCAAGGCGCACAUGAUUGACAUUGACAUGCAUACACAACACCCUUAUCACAGGUUUGACAACCCUUUGACGCCGGCAACUUUGCAUCGACUAUCCGACGCCAUCCACACUCUAAACAAAUUGCUCUGUGUUCGGUCGUUUCCGAAGCACAGGCGUGGACGGCAUAACGAAUCGUUGUUUCAAACCAUGGUGACAUGCUUGGCCGCGCCCCACGGCUUUGUUCUCUCGCCAUACGCCCUGUUUCGAGGCCUUGGGAAAUCGGAAAGACGUUAUUAAUAUACCUUCCACCACACCCUACCGGCAGCCUUGCUGCAACUUGGAAUUUUCCGUUUGAUGCGUGCAAGUCGUCUAAGGCUGUGCUAUCUACAGUCCAUGUGGGAGGCCGGCUGGCAAGUAGAUGCGGUGUAGUCUCCCGCGCCUCCCAAGUCCUUGGUUUCGCCGACAAAGUUUAAUUGGGGCCUUGUCGUCAUCUCUAGGUGCGACAAUGCAUAUCCCCCCCUCAUCAAUGCUCAUCUAUUCUCUACCCGAAUGUUUACUUCUCUUGCUUCAUCUUUGUUGUUGUUUAUUCCUUUUUCGGCUUCUUCCACGGUUCCGUCUGACCGUCGCUGCUCCUUUUCUGCUCGUAUUCAGCUGCUGCCAUUCGUCACUGUCCCGCCAUCUAACCUUCAUUUUCCCAAGACGGCACAAGUACGAGAAUGUGGCGUCUGCACAGGAAAUCAUCAACAAGCGAGGCAUGCAAUCGUGCGCACUGAUCAAUCGCGCGCGGUACGGGGAAUUGCGGUCCAAUCCUUCCAAUCGCUCGCUCCCCUCGUCCGUCCCAUCUGAUCACUGAUCGCUCCCCUCAAUCCUCUUCAACAUUCACAACAUCUCCACUUAAUUCCGCCGCCAUAACUCAUCACCGCCCAACAUAUGACUACUUUCACAUCUAUAGUUCUACGGCACAGUCUGGAGAGGAUCGCUAUUUCAUCUCCCUGUCUGCUUGCUGACUGCAUGGACGCGCUGCACGGUGGAGGCGCCCGUAGUUCAAGGCUAAUGAUGACAUUGGCUGUCCGCCCGUCCGUCCAAUCUGGACUCCUGCACACCUAGCUUACCUCAGCAUCUCAUUCGUUGAACUCCUUCGCAAAUUACCCUCCUCGUUUUCCACAACGGGGAGCUAAUAAGCGUCGGAGCUGCCCCCUUACCAUCUGUCGCUGUGUCGCCAAAACGGCUACUUUCCACGAGUCUGUGGGUUUUCGGACACUAAUUUGACGGGUUGGCAUACCGUGCCAAAGAUGAUACCUUAGCUACAGUCUUGGAUAAAGGCACGGGGGGCUCUUGCGCGAUAGAACCCACCUUCUCGUGCGGCUUGUCUUGUCUGUUGGCGACCGUGUUCUGCUCUGUGGUGCUAUUGCUCCGUUCAUGGGGGCGGACUUUUCCCCGGCUUUCGGCGUUGCUCUCAAUGCGUGCUUGCAUACGUGCUCCGGAGUAGUAAUACCAACGUCUGCCAGCGGU